AUGGCGGAUUUGCGCCUGGAGAAGUUGGAAGAGGCUGUGAAGCAGCUCAGCCAGAAUGUGGCGAUGCAGGAGGAGCUGCGCCAACUUCGAGAGCGGGUGGCAAUGCUAGAGUCGCAGGCGAAGCUACCUGCCAGUGAGGAGAGGCAAAGCGAGUCCCUGGCGGAGUCGUCUGAAAGCAGUAUGGCACCAGAAUGUUGUGAAGCUGGGAUGGCUGGGUAUGCCAAGAAGGCAAGUAAGAGCUUGCGCGAGUUCCAAGACACUCACACGAGCUUUACUUUGGUGGAGUCCUUCUGGGAUGCCACGCUCUUUGCAGGACUCGAUGAAGUUGGACUGGCAGGAUCCUUCAUGAUCUUCUUCGGAGUGUCAGUGAGCUUAUUCUUGCAGCUGCUCUUCUGCUACAUUUUGAUGAGAUGCUUCACUACUGGAGAUGGGAAGUACGCCUUGGGAUAUCUGAAAGACUGGCGGAUCCUCUAUGGUCACAACGUUGACAGUUACGAUGAGACUUCAGGUGCGUCCUUGGUGAGCAAGAUCUGCGAUGGCAACAUCUUUGAUCAGACUUUUUGGAACAAUGCCUUGCUGUCUGAAGUCAACUUGUACUUGACGGAGGUGUUCCCUCAAGCUCCAGGCCUCAGUGGUCUCACCGUCGGGGUCGUGCUGUGCUCGAUGGCCGUGCUGAUUUGGGCCUGCCACAUCAGUUUUGAGCUGCAGAGCGUGGGCUCCUUCGGAAUGGCAAUUUGCCACCUGCCCCGGGGGAACACGCGAGUUUCAGAAGACAAGGAUGGAAACCGUCGCUUUGAAUCCAUCAGCUACUUUCGGCUUUGUGCCAUCAGCUUCGUGGUCCUCUCCCGCGCGUCCAUCGCAGUGAUCUUGGGUUUCUCGGGUGCAUGGUGGCUUUGCCAAACCCGCGAUGUGACCAACAUCAUGUUAAACGCUGUGGCACUGUUGUUUAUCCUGGAAAUCGACGAUUUGCUUUACAAGGUUUUGGCACCGAAGCAUGCCAUGCAUUACCUCUCUUCAAUUCGUGAAUUCCAUGGUGGCAGCAGGAAGACGUGGGCUGGCAUGGACUUGUCCAGCAUCAUCAAACUCACAGUCCUUAUCGUCACCACGGCGAUGUUCAUCCGCUUCACCAUCUGGGAUAAUGCAGUAAAGGCACGAGAAGCAAGAGACAUUCUUUGUGGUGGAAACAAGAACUUUGUUUAUGGCACCCAUCCUUCGUUGGGUCCCAUAUUUGUGGCAGAGACAGAGAAAUACGACCUCAAUCGACCUCCCAGCAUGAUGCCAAACAUGCGGGAUUUAGUCGAGGAUGUUGUAUUCAAUUUUGGCCCGGAGGAUGUCAAAGACUCCAUGUGGAGGAAGGACAUUCCUGGCAAGGGCAAGAUCGCCGUGAAGCACGUGCAGUCGGUGACGGAGUUGAAGGAUUGGUUGGCCAUGACGGACCGUGAGGCGCCGGAGGAGACCCGCUUCGGGGAGAAGAGUUAUCGAGGCAACGAGAGGCUCUGUGAGGACACGAAGUGGGACAAGAACUUCUGGGAGGCUGACUGGGUAUGGUCUACCGUGAAAGUUCUCACCGAUGGUGCUGCUACCAGCUGCGAGGAGGCGAAGCCCUUCUGCGACGACAAGGAGUUGCCCUUGGUCCGCCUGCUUUGCCCAGAGACCUGCGGCUGUACCAGGGCGGAUUCUGGACUCUAUGCAGACAAUGGCUGUCGGCAGCAAUGCCGGGAAGAGAGCGAGUUUGCGCAAAGCCGCAACAAAACCACCUGCAAUGACACAGCAGAGGUGUCAUCCACUAUGGCCUGGAAGCGAUGGUGGCAAGGAUUCCAUUCGGCCAACGCUGGCGUUUGGAGCGAGGACAACCCCAUGAUGUCGGUGGGCAACGAUCCGGCAUCGGCGAACUGUUCCUUCGUCACGAGCAAGGAUUGGAUCCGCCAAAACUUCUGUCAAUCCAAGAAGGUGGGACGUCCUGGUGCCAUGCUUUGCCUUUUGGCCCAUACCAUGGGCGCCGAACGCGUGAAUCAGCGCGUUCCGCGGCCGGUGGUCACUGACACAGAGAUUGAAAGGAGGAUGAAAUGGGCUUCCGUCGGAUCCAAACUGCGCGACAAAGCUCAGAUUGUCACUGAGGUCCAGCCUCCUGCUGUGGUAGUGAGGAAGCCGGCCCGGCGUGCGCUGCCUCUCUUUUUGGGUUUUCAGUGGCAGACCUGGCAGUGGGAGGACAAUGGCUUGAACACGACUGGACCUGAACAUCAACAGGAACUGAUUGGACUGCUUGGGUGCCCACCCGCUGGCAUUCACGCUAGAUGGCAGCGGAAACCGGAGAUAGGGCAGAUGUGGGCGCAUGUGGCUUUGGGGCCCAUCGAGGAAGAAGCACCUCCAGAUACGACGACCACGCCUCCGCCCCCGACCUGGACUGCGAACAACAUGAUCAUGGUGAUCAUGAUCGUGGCCAUCAGUGUGGGCGGCUGCCUCUCCUGCAUUUGCGUCGGCUUGUACCUCUAUGUCCAACGAGAAAAGUAUGCUGUCUCCGUGGGCACCGAAGACCGUGAGGUGGUGGAACGCUCGGAGGGCGGCUACCGCACCAAGCGGAAGGUCAUCCCGGGUCAGGCAGCGGAAGAAUCAAAGCCCUCCAAGCCGUCCUGCCUGAGCAGAUGUUUGGGAAGAUGUUACAAUCGGCUGUGCCCGAAGAAGCAGAUCCGCCGAAUCGCACCCGUCUCGCAGGAGAACUAUGGGAUGCUAGCGGUCGGCGCGCGGGUGCGGUUGAUUGGCCUCUCCCAGGCGCACUUCAAUGGCCUCGAAGGCUUCAUCACAGGAGGGCCGAACGAGAAAGGGCGUUACACGGUGGAUGUCAUCGUCGAUGAUGAUGAGACGCAUGGAUUGAAGGAUAUCGAUGAGGAUAUGACGGGAUGGGAUCCGGUCGGUGGGUACUGGACAGACCAAGAUCUCAGAAUAUCUCAGGCCAAGAACUGUGAGAAACACAUGGUGCAAUUUUUGUGCUGUCGGCCUUGUCAGCCCCAGAAAGAGGACCUUCACCAGUGCGGAGUGGCAAGUCGUAAUUCACCAUACCUACCCCAUAAAGAUUUCCGCUCUAGUAUACUGAGUAUACCACUUCCAUAG